AUGUCUCCACCAAUUGUCCGCCAUCUGCUGCGGACAACGCCCUCAGUUGCUCCCAUACUCAACAGAGCAGUUUUGUCUGUCAGUGGCUCGCAAGCGACACAAUUUCUCAAUGGCCUUCUGUCUUCCUCAGUUCAAGAUCCACCUAGAAGCCAAUAUACAUCGUUCUUGCACGCACAGGGCCGAAUCAUGUACGACCUAUUUCUGUACUCUACAUCCAACGGGUAUCUCCUGGAGUUUGACUCGAGAAAUUCCGAGGCUCCUCCACUGCUAUCCUACUUGAAACGACAUGUCCUACGCUCAAAGGUGAAGAUCAGAAAUGUAACUGAGGAAUAUGACGUUUGGGCAGCAUGGGGCUCAUUAAAAGAUCAUGAAUGGGAGUCAGAAAGACAGUGGAAUUGGGCACGGAGCGGUGCGGUUGAACCCGUAUGGGAUUCAUCGCACGAAUGGCCUUGGGGAACACACGAAUGCGUAAUAAACGACAGAAGAGCUGUUAAUAUGGGCCGCCGAAUGCUUGUAAGGAAGGGAGAACCUCCACAGGACUCGGCCACACACGACACCGUUCCUUCAGAUGAAUACACCCUUCACAGAAUUCUCCAUGGUGUUCCAGAAGGGGUCGUAGAUAUCCCGCCUAUGCAUGCGUUUCCAAUGGAUUGUAAUCUCGAUGUCAUGGGUGGAUUGGACUUCCGCAAAGGCUGUUAUGUCGGCCAAGAACUUACAGUGCGCACCUACCAUACGGGCGUCAUUCGAAAACGCAUAGUCCCUGUUGCAAUUCACAACAACCAAGUCUUGAGGGAGAACCCUUUACCUGAUGAUCUUGAAAUAAAGCCAGUCGUGGUCAAUACAGAGAGGCAAGGUCCGCGUCCCAGAGGAUCGGGGAAACUUCUCAGCGUCCAUAAGGGUGUUGGCCUGGCAUUGAUGCGACUAGAACAUCUCUCAGGCGUUGAAAGAGGAGACCUCAAGUUGGAGAUAGAAAGUUUGGAUCAAGCUAAUUCAGCCAAGUGGGAGGUUUCGCCGUGGUGGCCAAAUUGGUGGCCUUCAAGUCGUCCUGAGAUGGAACAGUAG